AUGAAACAAUCACAACAUAUCGACAGACUUCUUCAUAAGCAAACAUCAGAAGAGAUUGAAAAGAAUCGAAUUCGACUAGGAGCAUCUAUAGAUUGCAUUAGAUGGUUGACAUUUCAAGGUUGCGCAUACAGAGGACAUGAUGAAAGCCAAAGUUCAAGCAACAGAGGUAACUUUUUGGAAAUGUUGAAAUUUUUGGGAUCUUACAAUGAAAGAGUGAAAAAGAAUGUUUUGGAAAAUGCUCCAAAAAAUGCUAAGUAUACUUCAAAUGAUGUCCAAAAAGAAAUUCUACAUAUUCUUGCUACUAAGGUGAGAAAUUCAAUUAGAGAAGAGAUUGGAGAUGCCAAAUUUUGUAUUAUUGUUGAUGAAGCUAGAGAUGAAUCUAAAAAGGAGAAAAUGGCCAUUGUUUUGAGAUUUGUUACUCUAGAUGGUUUUGUUAAAGAGAGAUUCUUUGAUCUUGUGCAUGUCACUGAUACUUGUGCAACAACUUUAAAGAAAGAAUUGAUUUCUGUCCUUUCUCAUUAUAAUCUCCAAGUUGAAAAUAUUAGGGGUCAGGGGUAUGAUGGUACUAGCAACAUGCGGGGUGAGUGGAAUGGUUUGCAAGCUUUGUUUCUUAAAGAUUAUCCACAAGCAUACUAUGUACAUUGUUUUGUUCAUAGAUUACAAUUAGCAUUGGUGGCAGCUUCAAGAGAGGUACUUCAAAUUCAUGAAUUUUUUACUCAAUUAAACUCUAUUGUCACUAUUGUUAGUGCUUCUUCAAAAAGACAUGAUCAAUUACAAGAAGCUCAAGCAAUUGAAAAUGCAAACUUGGUUGCUCAAAAUGAAUUAGAAACAGGCAAAGGUGUGAAUCAAAUAAGCACUUUACAAAGAGCUGGGGAUACUCGAUGGAGCUCUCACUUUAAUUCUAUUUGCAGUUUGGUAAAAAUGUUUACUACUACCAACAUUGUUCUCAAUAAUAUCAUUGAAGACGGGACAACUUAUGCACAGAGGUGA